GUGUUUGGUUCGCCCCUGGUGGAAGCGCUCUGAGCCGAGAAUAAAACAAAACAGAACAGAAAACAAAGAUCCAAAACCGUUGGCAAAUCCAAAGUGUCCAAAAAAAAUCACAGUCAACUCAAAACAGGAACCGCCCGCCCUCCCUCCAAGCAACUCUCGCAUUUCGAAAACCACCCGAUACAAAAGUGUGCCAAAAAGUGUACCGCUUGUUGCAUUCGUCGCGCCAAAUCGCGCUCACUGGAUACUCAUACUCGUACUCGUAGUCGCAUACCUAUUGACGAGAUUUCGUCAGCUGUCAGUUGUUGUGCAAGAAGAAAAACCCGCCAAAAAGCCGAGAAAUCCGUUCCGGUCUUUGGGCAACUCAAGCGGAAGUUACAAGUGUGUUUAGUGCUAAAGAUCCAAUAGAAACCAGUUGCCUAAGCAGCAGCUUUGACAUCGUCGCAUUUUGGCACCGUUUCCGCCUGUUCAACGCCUUUUUCUUUGGCCAAAUUCCUUAUCCGACGCCGGCGUUAAAAAAAUCUGCCAAAAUUCCGAAGAAUCCGAGAAAAACUCCAAAAACAUCGACACGUACCGCAUCGGCAACCGGUGGCGGUGGCGGAGGUGCUGGCGGAGGCACCACCACCAGCACGAAAAUGGCAUCUAAAAGAAAAGCCUCGGUGUUGCUGCACAAGGAAACCAUACCAGCAACACCGGCCACGAACACCGACACAACCAGCACGGUGGUCGGUGUGGGCGGCGGCGGCGGCGGCGCAGGACUCGGUGGUGGAGGAGCAGGUGGCGGUGGCGGCCUCCUGGGCACCGGCGGCAUCCUGGGCGAAGUCGUCAGCGGCCUGGGCGGAGGAGGUGGCAGCGAGUCGGAGGCCUAUGCGGGCCUGAUGAAGGACGCAGACAAGCUGAAGCUGAUGCUCCUCGCCUGGAACUAUCAGAACUCAACGGCGGUGCGCAACGGGACCGAAGGGCCAGACCUCAGUGUUGUGGGUGGGCUGUGGGCCCAGUACCAGAACGCGCUCGCCCAGAAUGCGGCGGCGGCUGCGGCGGCCAGUGCUAAGAUGGACAGCUCGUUGUCCCCGGUGCCGCGGCAGGACACACACUCGCCCAUGGAGACGCAGGACGAGACAAACUCCUCCGGACAGAAGGAGGAGGACGAGGUUUCCGAGGACGACUCUGACGACAAGAUGGACGAGAAGCUGGCCACGCCCCACGAUCCCGAGCGCCUCAAGGCCUUCAAUAUGUUUGUGCGGCUCUUUGUGGAUGAGAAUCUGGACCGCAUUAUACCCAUCUCGAAGCAGCCAAAGGAGAAGAUCCAGGCCAUCAUCGACUCGUGUGCUCGACAGUUCCCCGAGUUCAGUGACCGCUCCCGCAAACGCAUUCGCACCUAUCUCAAGUCGUGCAGACGCAACAAGAAGACCCGCGACGGAUGGGAGAAUACGGUAAGCUUAAUCGAAACCAGACCAACCCCUGCACAUCUCACCUCCGUGCAGGCGGAACAAAUCCUGGCCAUUGCCUGCGAGAACGAAUCGAUGAAUGCCAAGAGGAUGCGCAUUGGCCUGGAGCCCAUCACCCACGCGGUGCCGGCUCCUGGCAGUGCUGUUGCCGCAGCGGCUGCGGCAGCCGCUGCUGCUGCUGUUGUGGCUGCCACCAGCUCCGGUGCCGGUGGAACCAGCACCACGUCCGCGGGCAAUGCCACGGUCACCUGCGGAGGAGCUGGAGUCGCGGAUGCGUCGGGCCUCACAAAUGUGGCGGCCGCCGCUCUGCCUUUUGUCAGCGCCGUGGGCUUCGCUCGCUCCACACCGAACUCGGAGCAUGCGGAGGCGCUGCCUUUCGGCGGGGCCAGCAACGUGGGCGGAAGUGCGGGCGGCGGCAGUACCAGUGGAGCGGAGAGCCAACAUCUUCUCCACCAUGGACAGCCGCUGAUGCAGAGCAACUGUUCGGCGCGCAGCUCUCCACUGGCCCUCAGCUCGAAUGCCAGCGUGAGCGGUGGGGCAAGCGUGACCGGCCUGACACUGGCCAACGGGGCUGUGGCCUCGAAUGGGGCUGGCCUCCCGCCCACCAGCUACCCCGGCUACUUUCCCGGGGUGGCUACCCUGGGUAAUGUGACGCCCACCGAUCUCUCGAUGAAACCGACCUCGCUGGGCUCCGGCGUCAGCGGCAACCUGCUCAGCAGCAACAACGGCAAUCUGUCCGUGGCAGGCGCCAUCAACUCCCAGCUCAGUGCCGCCAACCUGGCCACCCUGAGCAAUGCCAACACUAACAGCGCUCUGGUGACCGCGACCCAGCAGCUGCAGCAGCUCCAACAGCAGCAACAACAGCAGCAGCAACAGCAGCAGCAGCAACAACAGCAGCAGCAGCAACAGCAACAACAGCAGCAGCAGCAGCAACAGCAGCUCCUGGCCAGCUCUGGCGGCGGUCUCGACGGGCAAUCCUCCCGAGUAGCGCCUAUCCUUCCGCACAAACUGAGUCCCAACGAGGUUUCCGCGGCCCGCCAGGUGAUAUCCGCUUACCGUGAGAGCGCAGCCUUCCUCCUGCGCACCGCCGACCAGGUGGAGCAGCUGCUGGUCCAGCAGCAGUAGGCGUGGCCGGGGGCGCACUCAAGUUUCCAGGACCCAAGCGAUGCCAGGCGCGCGCGGGUUGUUCCUAUUUAAAAUUAAAUAUAAAUUCAAUUACACACAAAACUGACCCACUCACCCCACACACUCUCGCGCCAAACUAAGCGAAAUAGUCAAAGCAUAGAGCAAAACGAAGGAGCAACACAGGAGUAGAAGGCAGAAGAGGAGGAGAGAGCAGGAGAGCAGGAAAUAGCCAAAAGGAAGUUCGUUUAAACAAAACAUUUUAAGUGUUUAUUCCUCCAACUACGUACAGAAUAUUAAAAUAGAAUUAAACAAUAAACAAAAACCAAAACAAAUAUUGAAAAUAUCACAACAUUAAAAAUAGCAGAGAUGUUCCGGCCAUCUGAUUGUGUCUCACAUGAAGCUUCCAUCCUGGAUUAUUUAAUUCAAAACUGUUCAAGAACUAUCGAUAUCCCCAGACAACAACAAAAUAUAUUUUUUAUUUAAUUUGCUAAAGUAUCAUUUACAAUAUUACCUAAAAUCACUUCCUUGAGAAUUUUGUAUGACUACAAGACAAAUAUUUUGACAACCAUAAAAUCAUAAAUACAGUUCCAGAUCAAACUUCGGAUCGCCUUAUAUCCCAAUAUCUACCAUAGCUUUGAGUAACAGUUUACUGUGUCCAAUACAUGCCAGUUUCAAAAAGGUUCCCCAUUAAAACUUCUAUCCACGAAAAUCGCAAAAUACAUUUAAGAGACAUAUCAGGUAGCUGGACAACUCUAAUAAAAAUAAAUCCAAGCAACAGUUCAACGUACUACAGUGUCUACUAAAAGUAAAACUACAAUAGCCACACACAAACACUCGCAUUGAUUUUGUUUAAACUUUUGAUUAUUGCAUAUUUUUGGACUCUUCCCGGCGGGGGAGGAGCCACGAUUUCAUGGCCCGUUUUCGAUGAGCGCGAUUUGUUAAAAAUGAAAAAUAAUAAUUAAUAAGUUGAAGUAUUGUUGUAAAUUUUAAGGAAACGAUACAAAAAAAACAUUUUAAGGAAAACAAAACAAAAAAAUAUGAAAAACUAUGAGAAAACACAGGGUGAUACUUUGAAAAAUUAUUACAAUGCAUAAGCUAAAAAUUAAAGAAACGAGAGAAAGGAAAAGA